UUCUCGCUCCUCUUCAGUCGCAAUCCGCUUCCUUUCCCCUACCUGCGCUCUCUACCGGGGAGGUCCGCGGCUGCUCAAGAAAACCACCGCAUUCCGGGCCCCUUCGCCGGCGUCAGGUACCGCCCUCUUCCACCUCCCCUCCCCCCCACCCCGAGGCCCCCUUGCUUUCCCCGCACAGCCGGUUGCACAUGACGCUGGCUCCGCCGAUGGUGGUGCACGGCGCCGAGCGCUCCCCGUCGGUGCGACAUCUCCGCGCUGAAGUAGCAUCGCUGGCUAACGUUAGCUAACAACAUCGAUCUCUCAACUACUUCACCCCCCACUCCCCCCCCCCACCCCAACACACAUCGCUCUCCCACCGGUCAACCCCCGUCAGCGAGCCCCUCUCAUCGGCCGCUGAUUAAUAGCUAACACUGGACCACCUAGGACACUCCCACCCCACCGACCGACCACCGCCUAGCGCAGGAAGCCCACCCUACGCUCAGGGCCCGCGAGGAGAGCCACCUCGGAGUGUAAACCCGUGGAUUUUAGAUCACCAACCUCCUCUAGUUCUACUCUGUGGGAUUUUCGGGGUCCGUGUCUUCUCUACCUCACUACCCCGAUGCCUCCCUGCUCCCGUGUGUAACCUCAGCUGCACUAUCUCCCACCCUCCGGGCUGCACCGACACCGGUUCUGCUGCUUCUGACAAUCCGACCAAGGAGCGCUGCUGCUCGGCGUGCACUGACUGCGGCGAACCGCAGUGGACACAUCCUGCUCUCUCCAUCUCUGCCUCAUCGCUCAGUGUGGCUGCAGCAGAGGGGAGCUAGCUCACCGCUCUGUUCCUCUUCACACCCACACAGAUAGCAAAUCCAGUUACGGACCUUCCCCUUUCAACCCUCCCUCCAGCCCCACCGCAGCGCCCGAGCCACGGGUCUCGCCAUGCCGGGUCCGGUGGCCGGUAGCAAGUCCCGUGUGUACGCAGAUGUCAACACGCUGAAGAGCCGGGAGUACUGGGACUACGAGGCCCACGUACCGAACUGGAACAACCAGGAGGACUACCAGCUGGUUCGUAAGCUGGGCAGGGGGAAGUACAGCGAAGUGUUCGAGGCGAUCAACAUCACCAACAACGAGAAGGUGGUUGUUAAGAUCCUGAAGCCAGUCAAGAAGAAGAAGAUCAAGCGAGAGAUCAAGAUCCUGGAGAACCUGCGAGGAGGAACCAACAUCAUUCGACUUGUGGACACAGUUAAAGACCCAGUGCCCUGUAAAUCAGCAACGCCUGCUCAUGUGCUGCAGAUGAUCAUCAAAUCUGUGAUUAAUCAGGAGCUGUACCAGAAGUUGACAGAUUAUGAUAUCCGUUUCUAUAUGUAUGAACUACUGAAGGCUCUGGACUACUGUCACAGUAUGGGAAUCAUGCACCGUGACGUCAAACCACACAAUGUGAUGAUCGAUCACCAGUUGAGAAAGCUACGUCUUAUAGACUGGGGUCUGGCAGAGUUCUACCACCCGUCCCAGGAGUACAACGUCAGAGUGGCCUCGCGAUACUUCAAGGGCCCCGAACUCCUGGUGGACUACCAGAUGUACGAUUACAGUCUAGACAUGUGGAGCCUGGGCUGUAUGCUGGCCAGUAUGAUCUUUCAGAAAGAGCCCUUCUUCCACGGACAGGAUAACUACGAUCAGUUGGUGCGAAUCGCCAAGGUCCUGGGGACAGACGAGCUGUUCGGCUACCUGCGUAAAUACCACAUCGAACUGGACCCGCGAUUCAAAGACCUGCUGGGACAGCAGAGCAGGAAGCGGUGGGAACAGUUUGUGCAGACAGAGAACCAGCACCUGGUCAGUCCUGAAGCUCUGGACCUGCUGGACAAGCUGCUACGCUACGACCACCAACAGAGGCUGACCGCGACGGAGGCCAUGGAGCAUCCCUACUUCUAUCCAGUAGUAAAGGAGCAGUCGCUGUCAAACUCUGACAACAACAUGGUUUCCAGUGGCAACACUACAACGCGGUGAAACACAGAGUUGGAGGAAGAAGAAGAAGAAGAAGAAGAAGAAGAAGAAGAAGAAAAAAAGCUUGUUACCUCAACUUUGUACCCGGUUGUGACAGUAACUUUUGACAAGUGUACAGUGACAAUGGAUCAAAGUAUCUCCGACCAGUUAUACACUCACACACAUGUGCAUACGGAUACACACACUCAUACAUACACAUGUAUACAUCAGGGGAGCACAACUCCAUAUCCACACACACACACACACACACACGCGUACAUACAGUACACCCUCGUCCUCCUCUGUGUCAGUCUGUGAUUGGCUUGUCCUGGUUUCCUGUCCAGCAGCCUGACCAAUGAGCUUGAAGCUGCUGCCCCCCUCAAACCCCCCCACCCCACCCCACUCCAAACCCUUCAUCGUCCCCGUCAAAUGGUCCAAACGUCCUCCCAGCUCAGUCUCACGUAGGUCAACAGGGACAAAGUACUUUUAAAGACAAUUCAGUGUCCUCUCCUCUGUCGUCCCUCCUGUAUAUCAUCCCCCCCCCUCUUUGUUUGCAUCAGCAUGGAGAAUGAGCAGAAGUGAGAGCCUGUACAAGCCCCGCCCCCUCCAACCCAACCCUCCCCUAAAAACUGUUCAUCAUCCACCCACCCAUCCGUCUGUCUGUCUGUCUGUCUGCCCCCCCCCUCCUCAAUCAUGUACUCCAACAGACAGACAGACGUCUUAGCACUACUCCAUUUCUGAAAGUGGCAUGGUGGACUCUCUCUCUAGGUAGAAUGACGAUGAUAAUAUUAAUAAUAUUAAUGAAAAUAAAUGAUUUUUAUUUAGAUGAA